GCAAGGCGUGUGGAACGCAGGCGAGCGGGUGUAAGGCCAGGACGAUAGGCAAAGAGCCAUCGUCACCGUUCGACGAACUCUGGGAUCCUUCGUCAAGAUCCUGCGCCAGCCGGGACCCCGGUAUCCUUCCAAAGAUGUUCACGAUCAACAGCAAUAUCAAUGGGAUAAGGACACCAUACGUCCUAGCAUUGGGUACCGCGGCACUUGCUGUGUUCAUCUUCUUCAUGAUGCCCGAGAGUGGUGAACUGUCCCUGGAAGGCCGCUGGACGGUCACCAACGCCAACAAAUCGAUAUCUGUGCCCUGUGACAUUCCUGGUGGAAUCUACACAAUUCUUCAAAGCAAUAAAGUCAUUCAGGAGCCGUACCACGAAUUCAAUGACAUAGAGUACACUUGGGUGGCCAUGGACAAUUGGACGUUCUACAGGACGUUUGACAUACCAUCGAAAGCGCUCCAAAGCAAGCGGAUCAACCUAGUGGCGCAUGGGUUGGACACUGUCUGCGACGUCAGAGUCAAUGACGUCCUUCUCAUCUCAUCCACCAACAUGUUCGUGCGACAUGUGGCAGACGCCAAGCAAGUGCUCAAGGAGAAAGAAAACAAGAUAUCGGUGCACUGUGAGUCCGCGGUGAACUACGCGCUGCGCCAGCACCGGGCACAGGCUAGCUUUUACCCUGUGUACCCACUGUGUCCACCGUCACAUCACCAUGGUUACUGCCACGGCAACCACAUCCGGCGCGUCCAGAGUGGAUUCGGCUCGGAACUGGGACCAGCCUUUCCGUCACAGGGUAUCUGGAAACCGAUCGGCUUUGAACAUUACGAUGAACUCCUAAUCCGAGACCUGACAGUCGUCCCCACGAUGGAAAUCCUGGAGAACGGGACCGAGAAGUGGUCGCUCAGCGUCACCAUCUACACUGAAGUGGCGUCCAUGGAGGCGCGGAACGCUUCGGUCGUCUUCAGUCUGGACGGAUAUAAGUUGAUCCAAUACAGCGACGUCCCUAUUGAAACCUCAGAUAAUCUUGAAGGGAUGCUCUAUUUUGACUUCAGCGUUCCUGAGUCCUUCCGAAUAAAUAGGUGGUGGCCUAACGGCUACGGUGAGCAGAAGCUUUACGCUCUUAAAGCUGAUAUCACCGUCAACGAGAAAAGGCACAUCAAAAGCGCCAGGUUCGGCUUCAGAACGGUGCAACUGGUCGAGGACCUGCUCGGCAGAAAGAAAAAUGGAGCGGAAUUCUACUUGAAGAUCAACGAUGUGCCUAUAUUCGCCAAAGGCAGUACUUGGGUGCCUGCGGACAGCUUUCCCGAAAGGGUGUCACCGGAGUACUUGCAGCACCUCCUGCGCUCCGCCAAGAUGGCCCACAUGAACAUGCUUCGCGUAUGGGGAGGCGGGUACUACGAGUCGGACGAAUUCUACGACCUGGCCGACGAGCUGGGCAUCAUGGUGUGGCAGGAGAUGAUGUUCGCCACCAGCCUUUAUCCUGCACACAACAAGUUCCUUGAUGACGUCACCAUUGAAGUCAAGCAGCAGGUUCGUCGUUUACAGAGGCAUCCAUCGAUUGUCUUGUGGGCCGGAAACUAUGAAAUUGAACAAGGAAUUGCUUCCAGAUGGUGGCCGGAGAUGCUUCUCCGCGAGAUUCGGCACAGGCUCGACUACCGCCUACUUUUCAUCGACACCAUCGAGAAGAUAGUGAAGGCGGAGGAUGGCUCACGACCUUACAUCCUGUCGAGUCCAACCAACGGAAACGCCAGCUUCCCGGAAGAAGGCAUUAGCUUGAACCCUAACACCAGGCGCUACGGCGACGUUCACCAUUUCAAUUAUCACGACGACGGUUGGGUCUUCCAGAACUACCCGUUGGCUCGCUUCGUGUCGGCGUACGGCCUCACAUCGUACCCUUCGCGAGAGUUGAUGGAACAAUUCGCCGACUCUCAAGACGCGAUUGCGCCAGAGUCCAAAUUUCUGAAGCACCGUGAUCACAGGACUGGAGGAGAGGCAGAGGCUUCGCGUAGCUUCCACAAACACUUCCGUUUCAAGAUGGAAUCUGGGGCAAAGGGCUAUGAUAUGAUCUCAUACAUUACCCAGCUGGAACAAGCCGAGUCUGUGCGCGUAGCCACCGAGUACUUUCGCCGGAACAGGGCACGCAUGGACAACAACUACGGGCACACUAUGGGUGCCAUGUACUGGCACCUGAACGACAUGUGGCCCGGUCCCAGCUGGUCCUCUAUUGAAUACGGUGGCCGCUGGAAGAUGCUGCACUACUUCGCGCGAAAGUUCUUCAGCCCCGUGCUGGUGUCGGGGUUCCUCGAGUGGAAGUACCUGACGGCCACGUUCAAAGUCUGGAUCGUCAACGACCUGCGCCGCAAUCUCGGACCGGUUACGCUCUCCAUCAAGCAGUACACUUGGACGCAGUUCGAACCUGUCAAGGAGGACAUUGUCGAAAUCGAGGACGUGGAAAGCGGGUCGGCGACGCAAGUGUUCGAGAGUAAGCUCAAGCCGAUGGUCAACGAGAGCGUGUGCGACGACGAGCGCUGCUUCCUGUGGUGCACGCUUCGGGACAGCAAUGGUGGACUGCUGGCUCCCGAGUCGUUCGUCUGGCCCUCCACGCCUUACCUGUCCAAGCACAGGAAGCCGGCAGUCUCGAUCGUGUCCGUCUCGGGUCCCAGCAGCCGGCUGGCGUUUGCAAGUUCUCAGAAGGUGUUCAAGGUGCACUUGAGAGCCAAGAAGAUUGCCUUGUACGUUUGGCUGGAAGUGCCCGGCGUUCGGGGUCACUUCAUGACGAACGGCUUCGUUAUGAAGGACCGCAACGUGGCUGUAGAGUUCAGAACGACCGACAACGUGAGCGCCGGAAGACUUCGGGAGAUCAUGAACGUAACCUCGCUCACGGACUAUACAAAAUUGUCUCGCUGAACUGGGGCUCUGCAGGUUACCACAGAAUGAGGGAGGUUGCUUCGCUGUAGUGUGUGUGUGUUUCGUGCAAGUCGAGGACUGUCGGACACCACUGUGUUCCAAGCAGCCAGGAAAAGUUCAGCGAAGACAUUCUGUGAACACACUGUAGACAACUGCACUACCGCAACAGUGUGCAGCACACGCUUCAAGACUGCUUGAUGGCGAGAGCUUACCUUUGUUGUUUGUUGUUACUUUUUGGUUUGUUUUACAGUUCUAGUUUCUCAUUUUUAACUGUCUCACUGAGCUGUUUUGAUAACACAAGUGUAUGGAUUUUUUUUAGGGAAGGAAUAUUGGGAAGGUUUUUUUUUCUGCUUGCCUCAUUGUACAGGGGUGAAACACUCCUGUACAACUGCUGUUGUACAUACUGCUGUUCUUCUACAUUUUGUUCGUCGUUUAUUGUGCUCCUGUGUUUUUCGUUUGCAUUAAACUCGCUCCUACUUGGGCAC